UUGCCCGCGGUGCCGCGGCGCAGCUUCCCGGAAUGCGUUUUCCUCGUGGUGACGGCGACGUCACGGACUUUGUCACGGAUGACGCCGCGCCGCCGAUAUAAGCGCGCGCCAUCCCGCGCGCCCGCCUAUAGGCGUCCGCCGGCCGCCUGCGCGCUCAUGCUGCGAGUGCUGCCCGCGCCUCCGGCCCGCCAUGCCUGCAUGGAGCGAGCACCCGCCAGCCCGCCCGCCUCUUCCUCGGACUCCGACUCCGAGGGGGAGGAGAUCCUCGUUCCCGGUGAUCCGACGCAAUGGGGGCGCGAGGACGUGGAGCGCUGCGUGCAGUGGGUGUCGCGCAAGUUCAGCCUGCCGGAGCCGCGCGGGCUGCUGCUGCCUGACACGGGCGGCGAGCUGCUCACCUACACGGAGGACGACUGGAUACAUGUGUGCGAGGGCAACGCCCAGGCGGCGCGCAUCUUCCACGCGUACCUGCAGCACGCGCACGCCAGCGCCGGGCGCGGCCCGCCGCCGCCGCGCCUGCCCGAGCUGGAGCGCGCCAGGCCUGCCGAGCGCGGCCCGCCGGAGCCGUUCGCGCCGAGCGCCCGCGGCGGGCAGGUGCAGCUGUGGCAGUUCCUGCUGGAGGAGCUGGCGGCGCGCGCGCCCGGCAUCGAGUGGGUGGCUUCGUCGUCCGUGCUGCAGGGCAACCCGGCGGACGGCGAGUUCCGGCUGUCGGACCCGGACGAGGUGGCGCGGCGCUGGGGCCGGCGCAAGCAGAAGCCCAACAUGAACUACGACAAGCUGUCGCGCGCGCUGCGCUACUACUACGACAAGAACAUCAUGAGCAAGGUGCACGGCACGCGCUACGCGUACCGCUUCAGCUGGGCGGGGCUGGCGGCGGCGUGCCAGGCGCACCCCGACCCGCCCUACUGGCCCUACGCGCCGCGCCCGCCGCCGCAGCCGCAGCCCGGCCCCGCGCCGCACCCGCCGCACCCGCCGCACCCGCAGCCGCCGCAACAUCUGCACGCGCCCCCCGAGCCCCCUCAGCACGACGCAGGCGCGCCGCCGCCCGCCCAGCAGCACGGCCCGCCGCACCAGUGACACGGUCGUCGGCCGCUCGACGCGCCUGCUGUUAGUUGCGACGAAAUAUCAGCAUUCAGCUGUGACUCGGUGUAAUAUUUUAUUUUAAUAACUGGCUGUACGGUUCUGGGUUAUAGACCUUUCGAGCAUGUCGGUGUAUUCAUACAGUGAUCAUACAACCUUUCGUAAAAUACUUAUAGAUAGAGAUCAUUACGAUGUGAAGGCUUAUGGGGUGGUGUACAGGGCAAUUGCAUAACGUUACGCUCCAUGGCCACGGACAAUAACCAGACUAGUAAAGUUUUUAUAGAUGUAGUAUGUAGUCAGCGCACCCCGAGGGCCAGGCCGCCCUGACUCGAGCAGGAAACACCUACAAACUAGCGUCUUGUUUUUAAAGACGAAACAACUCUUUGCUUGCUUUUAAGAACUUUGUAGUUUAUAUUUAUUCACGAGUUUUUCUACCUUUAAAAUAUAAUAGUUAACAUAAAGGAAGUGGUGAAUAAGUGUAAAUGCACCCACGAACAAACUCCUAUCGACGUAAAAUCGAUUUAUAUAGGCCGGCCUUUGUUACCCCCAUCAACAAUAUGCUGUAGGUACUCGUAGUUCCGAACAAUAAUGUAAAAGCUUUGGCUGGUAAUUUCGUUUAGAAAUAAUUUGUUAACCUAUAUUAUGUGUGUGUGUGGACCCAAACCGGAACUUCAGUGACUAAAACUGGGCUUUUUCAGUGAGUCACUCGCGGCACCUCGAGUGUCUACACUACACAAUGAGUGUGGAGUGAGUAUGUAUGAGAGUAACUCGAAAAUAUUAUUUAACUGGUACUUCGCUGGUGAAUCAACUGUAGUUAGACUAUUACGAUGAUUUUACUUUUGUAGUUCACGACGGAGCAUAGCUAUACUACAGCCUUUCUUGAUGAGUACUGUUUACCAACAAACAAAAUAAAAAUGAGGGUAUAAAUCACUAGUCAUUUCACACCUAAUAAUUAUUAUAGUUAACUUGUUCUUAAAUUAAUGAAAAUAAAUUUGAUUAAUAAGCUUAGAACAAUUAGUUAUGGUUAAUAUAUUUUACAUAACAUUUUAUUAGCAAACCAUACAUAAUUUAAAAUAAAUAAGUUAUGAAAUGACAUGCGUUUUUUAACUUUAAUUUCUAAUUUCUUUGUUAGUAAACAGUACUCAUCGAGAAAGGCUGUAGUUGUUGUAAGUAGGUAUCUGUAGAGAAUAGUUUUAAGUAGGAGUUUUUAAAUGAUGAAAGAUUUAAUUAUGAAUGUUAAUAUUGAGCAUUUAUUUAACUGUACCUACGUGAUUAAUGACCCUUAGGAUUAAGCACAAGUAGAUGAUUUAUGGGCGCCGGCAGCGGGCGGCGGGCGGCGGGCGGCAGACGGCAGACGGGAUUAGAAUAGACCGUAAGGGGUUGGGUCUGUAGUUGGGUUUAUUACAAAAUUGUAGUCAAUAACUCGUCUUCCUGGCGGCGCCCUAUAAGACUCGGAGAUGAGAGAUCAUUGGCAACUUUUGAGAUUAUUCUUAAGUCAAACUUUUACGCAUUUAAUUUUUUUUUUCUUCAUUGACAUGGUAAAUGGUAUUGUAUCAAAAUGUAUUAAGUAUAUUAUAAUUAACAUUAUAUUGGUUUUUACUUAUAUACACAUUCAAGUUUGCAUGACGCGGCUGACUUGAUUAAGUCGGCAAUGUUUCACACACCAUCAAGGUUACUGGACAGUAUAAUUGAGUGUGUGUGACUGGCGUGGAUGCGUGGCGUCAUGCUUGCCUACGAGCAGGUACCUGUCAAUGGUUGCGUCGGCAGACUGUGACAAAUAUAAUGUAUCGUUAUCGUUUUGUUGUUGAUUUAUGAAGUUCAUUGUGUAGGAUUAUGUUGUAAACUGAUAGUUGAUAACUAUUAUUUUAUUGUUCCAUUUUGUUGCAAAUCAUUAUAAUAAAGUUCCUCUUUG